AUGUCGCCGACCAAUCGACCUGUGGUUCAGUACCCGGCCUCACCCACGCGGCAGGUGAUCGCCGUGCCGUCGGUGAGCUCCCCCGUGCCGCUGAGCGCCGGGUCCUUCGUGAGCCCCGUGAGCAUGGUGCCGCCGGUGACGACGCCGAUGCCAAUGACCUACAGCCAGGUGUCACAGGUGGCUCCAGUCCUCACGAUUCCCUUCCAGUUUGGGAAGGUCUCCAAUCCCUCCCUGACCGUGAAGAAGCCGCUCGAGGCCGGUGCCGCGGAGGCCGCCAAGUGCGGGCAGUCCAUCCACCACGCGGCCAAGAUGGGGAACAUCGAAGCGAUUCGCUACAUCCACAGGAAUCACCCACACAGCAUCCAUACCUAUGAUGAAACCGGUCAGAUGCCAUUGCACCAUGCCGUUUGCAAAGGCCACAAGGAGAUGGUCAAGGAGCUGUUGAAGCAUGGCGCAGAUAUCGAGGCCACCAACCAUGACGGCAUGAAGUUUGCCGUGCUCGUGGCCCUUGGGGUUUGCAAGGUUCCCACAUGUAGAGUCUACGUGUGGGUAGACCUAGAAGAUGCCCAAAUGGCUGAGCACAAUUUCAGGGCUGCUCAGGACGUGAGCAAGGCAUUCGAAGACUUCAUCGCGAAGUUCGAGAAGCUCCUUGGCCAGAGAGGCCACGGCUGA